AUGGAAGAGGUGUCUCGUAUCUCUGUCAGCCUUGUCUUGAUGCAAGAAUCAUCCACAGUCAAGCGGAGAGGCUCAUCAAGGGAUCCUCUGCGACAGGUUGAGCAAUUGGGGCACUUGCUCAAGAGAAACGGCUCGUUCCGCUCACCAUUAACGCCUCCGCGUUUCGAGAAUCACCUCAACUCACCAUUGCUCUCUCCAACCUUCACUAAAAGUGGCCUCUCCCUUAGGAAUGGAUAUCAUACUUCUCCCGCAUACGCCACGAUCCAGAUGCGCUCCCAGCGAGUCGCCAAAUACGCUCGAAAUGUCCUGAUUCUCGGUCUCUUUUUAUUCGUUCUCCACGCCUUCAACCCUUCGCAUCAACUUCCCUCCCUCUCCGACUCUCCUCGCACACAAUUCUCCCCAUGGGACGCUCUGCGUGUCUUGGAAUCUACACAAUUGGGGUCCUUUAGUCCAUUUAUACGGCGCCCACGAGCUCGAGUGGAGAGCAGAUGGAUAGAUCUUGUUGGAUACAAAGCCGAAGCUGGAUUCGCGUGGGAGAGGCUUGCGACAUGGAAGGAUAGGUGUUUUGCAUUGGGAGAGAAGGCGAGGGCGAGUUAUUUCUACAGGGAUGGCAUGCCACAGAGCGAUUCGACGGAGACAGAUUGGGGCAACUCAACAGAAGCAUUGCAUGCGGAUUGGGUGCGGUAUACUGGUGGCUUUGUUGAGAAGAAGACAGGUUCUGGGAGAACUUGGCAGAGAUGGGCUAUGGGCUCGGAACCGGAUUACCCAGACAUAAGAGGAAAUAAAGGGAGGCUCAUGCUGGAAAUUGACCAGGAGGCAGGUCAAGAGAUGGAAUUGGAUGAAGUGCCGGAUGUCAUUGAGGAUAAGGGUAAAAAAGGCAUCAUCACGAAGUACGGUCUGCAUGGCUCAAUUAGGCUGAUCAGAGAGGUGGCUGCUACCUUGAAAAUUCAGGACGAGAACACUGUUGACGAAGGAUUGGAGAUUCGUGUCUAUGGAGUACAUUGGCCUCGACUGGGAGUUUUAAUGAUGACGACUACGAGUGACAAGUUCGCUGGCAUUUUUGGACUGCCGCAUCUCAACUUGAACGAACCCUUCUUCAAAACGACCCAAAGACUGCUGAAUCAGACGAUACGGAGAACGCUGGAGAAAGAUGACCAUAUUCCCUGGCUUGGUAAACAAACUCCUCAAAACGCAAGCCUGGAUGUGCCCCCGCGAUGCGAGUAUGUGGUCUAUGUACAAAAGCACCCAGUCCUUAGGACUACAAUGCAUGACUGGGAGAGGCCUCCCAUCGAUUGCCUAUAUGAUGAUUCUAUCAUCGAUACGCAAGAACUCCAGAUGACUACAGUCAUCUUUUCCCCAGACUGUGGCUUUAUUCUGGAGUCCCGAGGACCCGGCCUAUUUCCACCAACUAAUACCCAACAGUGGGUUUGUGAGGCCAAACCGAAGCCUUCUUGAUUGGUCUGCGUUCUAUUCGGAGGAGGAAGAGCAGCAGGUUGCACGUUUACUUGUUCCUGUAUAAAGUAUUGAUAAUGCCGUUGUUAUUCUGCAACACUGCUGGGAAUCUGGAACGAAGAGAUACAUCAGAAGAUACAGAACGUUUACAUAGCCAAGAUCUUGUAUUUAAUAAAAAUUAAAC